UCCGCUGCCGCGGCCUCUGCAUUUUUGCGUCUUUUUCUCAUCGCGUGGCCCCUUGUCUUUAAAAGGCUAAAUGCUCUGCACUAAAUUUGGUCACACCGCGCUCCAAGAUUCCCUGGAAUGUCCUCAAGUUUCAAGUCGCUCAGACGGCGGGGGCAGGCCCGCCCCCGCUGGGGGAUUGGCUUCUCCGCUCAGGGCCGGGCAGCGGCUCUGUCUCAUUGGCCGCCGGGCAGACCGACCGGGCCCACUAGCCCCGCGCCUGGGGAGGCCUCGCUCCCAGUCCUCGGCCCAGCACCUGCGGCGCGCGAGCGGCCCGGGAGCCCGUCCUCAGCAGCGGAGGGUCGGGGUCGCUCCCAAGCCCACUGAGCUGCGUCCACACCCGCCCGUCCCUCCCCUGCCUCCGCCGGCCAGGACCGCCGCAGCCCCUGCCGGAGCCGCAGCCGCUUCGCCAAGAUGUCCAAGGUAGCCAAGUACCGCCGGCAGGUGAGCGAGGACCCCGACAUCGACAGCCUGCUGUCCACCCUGUCCCCCGAGGAGAUGGAGGAGCUGGAGAAGGAGCUGGACGUGGUCGACCCCGACAGCAGCGUCCCCGUGGGGCUGCGGCAGCGGAACCAGACAGAGAAGCCGUCCACCGGCGCCUACAACCGGGAUGCCAUGCUCAGCUUCUGUGAAAAGGAGACCAAGAAACUGCUGCAGAAGGAGCUCUCCCUGGACGAGAGUGAGCGCCCAGAGACCAGGACGGACGCCAAGGGCAGCCGGGAGAAGGGCGGCGACGCCGGCAGAGAGGCCCCGGGCCCCCGGCGGGACCUGGGCCUGGGGCGGGAGCCCCGGCGGGGCGCCCUGAAGAAGAGCUUCUCCAGAGACCGGGAGGACGCCGAGGCCAGAGGCGCCCAGCAGCCCAGGGAGGAGAAGCUGCUGAGGGGCAUCGACAGGGGCCGCGUCAGGGCUGCCGUGGACAAGACCGAGGCCGGGGGGGCGGGGUGGGGGGACAGCCGGGCGGCCGCCAGGCAGGAGGACAAGCCGAGAGGCCGGGACAAGGACAAGAAGGCAGACGAGGGGAAGGGGAAGGGCGGGGUCCAGCGCCCCGAGGCCGCCAGGCAGGAGGGCCAGGAGCUGAGGCGGGAGAGCAGGGGCGCAGACCCCGGCAAGGCCGGUGACGACGUCCAGCAGAGGGCGCCGCCCGGCCCGAGGGGGGCCACAGAGGAGAAGGAGCCCGCCGCCGCGGAGGAGCCGGCCCCCGGCAGCCCCGCCAAGCCCCCUGAGGCGCCGGCCACAGCCACAGCCACGGCCCCGGCCCCCGCGGAGGAGGAGGCCGCGCCCAGCAUCUUCGACGAGCCCCUGGAGAGAGUGCGGAGCAACGACCCCGGCAUGACCGAGGUCAACGUCAACAACUCCGACUGCAUCACCAACGAGAUCCUGGUGCGCUUCGCCGAGGCCCUGGAGUUCAACACCACGGUGCGCACCUUCGCGCUGGCCAACACCCGCGCCGACGACCACGUGGCCUUCGCCGUCGCCAUGAUGCUCAGGGGCAACAGGGCCAUCACCAGCCUCAACCUGGACUCCAACCACAUCACGGGCAAGGGCAUCCUGGCCAUCUUCCGCGCCCUGCUGCAGAACAGCACGCUGACCGAGCUGCGCUUCCACAACCAGCGGCACAUCUGCGGCGGCAAGACGGAGAUGGAGAUCGCCCGGCUGCUCAAGGACAACACCACGCUGCUCAAGCUGGGCUACCACUUCGAGCUGGCCGGGCCCCGCAUGACCGUCACCAACCUGCUCAGCCGCAACAUGGACCGGCAGCGCCAGCGGCGCCUGCAGGAGCGGCAGGCGCAGGAGGCCGCCGCGGAGAGGAAGGGGCUGCUGGAGGUGCCCAAGGCCGGGGCGCCGGCCAAGGGCUCCCCCGGCCCCUCUCCCCAGCCGUCUCCAAAGGCCUCUCCCAAGAACUCGCCCAAGAGAGGGGGUGCCCCGGCCGCCCCGCCCCCGCCACCACCUCCCCUGGCCCCGCCCCUCAUGGUGGAGAACCUGAGGAACUCGCUGUCGCCGGCCACCCAGAGGAAGAUGGGCGACAAGGUCCUCCCCGCCCAGGAGAAGAACUCCCGUGACCAGCUGUUGGCGGCCAUCCGCUCCAGCAACCUGAAACAGCUCAAGAAGGUGGAGGUCCCCAAACUGCUGCAGUAGCUCCCGGCUGCCGGGCACACCUCCCCACCGCCCCGGCUGACCUGCCGCCAGACCCGGGCCACGCCUGCUCGUCCCAGCGUCUCCUCUGCACCCGGAGCGGACGCUUCCGGACAAGCAGAGUCCUUCCUGCACGUCCCUCAGAAGACGGCAUGCCGGUGGGGCCCAGGGUGUCCCCUGGGGUCCACGUCACAGCCCAGCCCCCGCCUCCCGGGGCCAGGAUCCAGGCUUCUGAGGAGCCCCGGGCAGAGCUGCUGGGCUGGGGCGUUCUGUGCGGGGCGGGGGAAGGGCAGAGGGCGGAGGGGGGAGGGACGAGGGGCUGGGGAUGCCCCAGUGCUUGCCCCCGCUCCGCCCUCCGCUCAUCAGGGCACGUGGUGGUGGGGCAGCUGGCCCGGAGGGACGUGCCUGGGGGCAGGGGGAGACAGACAGACAGACAGCAGCCGGACCUGAGGGUUCGGUGCCAAAGCAGACGUUUCGCUACACCCACCCGCUGCUGCUGUGAAGGGCUGUGUCUUUUCCCUAAGAUUUUGAUAAUAUAUGCAAGCCUUCAGCUUUGA